ACGGAUCACUUUUUUUGCUCGCUCUCGGAUUGCCUAGUGCCAACACGCUUCCCAUGAAGUCCCUCGUGAUCCUGGCCCUCUGCGCCCUCUUGGCGUCCGCCAACAACGCCAAGUCGCCCGAGGAGGCCGCCAAGAAGGACGACCUGCAGAGCGAGGCGACCCGACAGAGCUACGGCCCGCCCCAGAAGAACGAAUACGGCCUGCUGCACGACUACCCGGCCAGCGGUCCGGGCAAGCUGGACGAAGCCGGACACCGCAAGGGGGUGGAGGCCGGAUAUCCGUCCGGCGGAUACGACAACAGGGGGCCCCUGCUUCCGAGCGCCUACAACAAGCCCAGCAGCUCCUACGGCUCGAGCUACCCGCCCGAACACGCCCCAGCGCCUGCUCCGAUCCAUGACUCCUACUCGAAACCGGGCAGCGGCUACUCGCACUCCAGCAGCUACUCCAAGCCGUCGACCGGAUACUCCGGACACAACAGCUACUCCAAGCCCUCCGUCGGAUACGCCAAGCCCCUCACCGGAUACGGAAGCGAAUACAACGGCCCCUCCUCCCACCACGCCCCCGCGUCCCACGGAUACGGCUCCUCCUCCUAUUCCUCCUCGGGAUACAACCAUCCUGCUUCCUCUUAUUCCGGCGGAUACGGAAGUCCGGCGCCUGCUUCCUCCAGCGGGUAUGGAAGUCCGGCCUCGUCUUUGUCCAGCGGAUACGGAAGUCCGGCCUCAUCAUUAUCCGGCGGGCACGGAAGUCGGGUGUCUUCUUAUUCCCGCGGGUACGGAAGUCCGGUGUCUUCUUACUCCAGUGGAUAUGGAAGUCCGGUGUCUUCUUAUUCAAGUGGAUACGGAAGCCCCGCCUCUUCUUCGGGCGUUGGAUACGCAAAACCUCUUACCGGAUACGGGUACGCCAAGCCUCUUAGCGGAUACGGAUAUUCCAGGCCUUCUACUGCUUCCAGGUACUCGAAGCCGGUGAAACCCUUCGUGGAUUACGACAAUGGCAUCCAUGCUCCUAAACCCUACUCCGCUCAGGGCCAUACUCGAGCCCCCGGCAGCUACGCCCCGCCCCAUCAUGCAAGUGGUUACGCCUCUUCCUCCGGAAGCCCCGCCCACGGCGGAUACGCCCCACCCUCUUCGCACUCCAGCUACUCGCCUCCUUCCUCGCUUCACAGGGGCUACGCAGCACCGGCGCAUGGAGGGCACGCCCCGUCCCAUCACGCAAGCGGCUACGCGCCCUCUACCGGAAGCCCCGCCCAUGGCGGAUACGCCCCACCUUCUAGCCACUCAUCUCCGUCCUCGCUGCACAGGGGCGCCCAUCCUUCCCAGAACGGCUACGCCCCGAAGAUCGGGUACUCCGCGCCCUCCUACCCGAAGCACCAGCAGAGCGGCUUCUACGCGCCCGAGUCCCUGGGUGGCUACGCCGCCCCCGCGUCGCCCUUCUCCUAUUCGCCAAAAGCGCCGGCCCACGCCCCUUCGCCGGACAACUACGGGCAGGCGUACGUCUCGCAGAAAGAGUACAGCAAGACGGUGGAGACGUACGGCAGCUCGGGAUCCGGUCACAGUGUGCCCCGGAGGGCGGCGCUCCAGCCCGGGCACUCCCUCUACGGAUCGGCCAGCUACGGUCGCAGCUACGACGCAGUCAAGGAACAGCCCCAAGUGGACAGUCCGGAACAGGCGAUCUACGGAGGCUACGGGCACGUUUAUUGAACAAAAGAUGAUCUGUUAACUGUUGAUAUUGUUACAUGUUACUGUUAUUAUAUUUGUAAAUUUUAUAACCAAAGAAUAAAGUUAUGGAUAACUUUUACCAGCC